GGCCGGUUAGUUAUACUUUUGAGCAUCCAUAGCAAACUACUGUUUGACAGAUUCUACCAUCGCCGAUAAAAGUAAACAAAUUUAUUGCAGGAUAAAAAUUCUUAGUAUUCGACGAAAAAACCUCGCUUUUCAGAAAUUUGAACACGCAAAUGCAGUAAGAAUAACAUGAGCCUCUUUCAUGCGAAAAUAGAGAACAUUUGCAGGCUUUGCUUGUCCGGCGAUGACAACUUGGAAUCUAUUUUUGGUGAUAGCGGGAGUGAACUACUCCAAAUGAUCAUUUACGACUGCACGACGGUAAAGGUAUCUCCCAAACUAGGAUAUCCGAGCGCUAUUUGUAUAUCAUGCAAAACUAAAAUCGAGAGCUUCCAUCAGUUUCGUGAGAGAUGUAUUCAAAACGAUGAAUACUUACGAUCGACCUUCCUCGAACCGGAAGUUGUGAUCAAGACAGAGCCAGACUUUGUCAUUAGAACUGCUGACGAGGAAGAUGAGGAUGACGAAGAUGACAUUAAUGAAGCCGACAUCGAAGAGUGGGAUGAGUCGGACUCGAAUGACAUUUCGGACGAUGUGCAACAAAACGAUUCUAUCAAAAGGGAAUUAUCACAAACGGAUAUUCUUCUGGACAGCGACACCGACUUUGCAGAGCAUAGGUCGCAUAUUUCUCUAUUCAAAUGUGAGUUUUGCUCGGCUGAAUUCGCAACCCUAGAACAACUUGAGAAGCAUAUCACUAGUCACAAAGAAGAGAAGAUUUUCAAAUGUUUUUAUUGUCCAAAGACGUUCCAUUUUGCUAAAAAUUUGAACAUGCAUGUCGAGUACAUACACUCGAAGGUUAAAAAUUCACAGAAACUAAGCAUAAAGAACGCAAACUUUACACCCAACUUUCUAGUCAACAAUGAGAGAGGUACAACGUUAGUUAAUAGUAGUAGUGACGUUAACAUCAACAAUAAUGUUGUAAGUCGGAUUGGAAAACCUGCCCAGCUUCAAAGUCCUGGAUCAACGGUUCGUAUACCUAUCACACGCAUAAGUAAUCAUGAAUGCCAUGUAUGUCAUAAAACGUUCAGUGAUCUUCGGCAUCACAUGCUGCUACACGAUGGGGAAAAACCAUACAAAUGUGAUAUCUGUUCGAAAUCAUUCUUCAACGCUUCGACAUUGAAAACACACUACCGGGUGCAUAGUGAUGAAAACCCAUAUCGUUGCACUACAUGCACAAAGGUUUUCGAUAACGCUCGGAGUCUCGAGUUACAUUACCGAACGCAUACAGGUGAACGCCCCUAUACGUGCGACGUUUGUCUGAAGAAAUUUUCCUGCUCAUCGAAUUUAAAACGACACCGAAAGCUACACGAUCGAGAUUGAGAAAGAAUGUUCUAUGAAAUGGUGCAAAUAUGUCCUCUCAACUGAUUCAAACUAUACACUCGUUAGGUAUCUAAUAUCCACUUGUACAUUUGAAAGCCAAAAGUUGUGCAUUUAAAUAGCAAAGUGAACUAAGCAUUUCAAGCUCGCUAAGGCUUCACUUGAUAUUCACUAAUAUUUUACUCGCAGGAAAAAAAGUGAACCGAUAAGCGCAAACAACAGAUGUGGUACCCUAUGGAAACGAAGAAAUAAAAAAAGUUACAAUUUAGUUGCUUAGUGCAAUAACCUCGAUAUACCGCCAUAGAAGUUGUGCUUUAGAAACGCCUAACUAAGUCAUUGUAUUUAUUUUUAAUAACUUAUUAUCUAGUCCGUACUCAAAGAUUUGUAUAUUGUAGAAUUGUUUCAUUUACUGUUGAGAUUUUGGUACUGUUAUGGAUAGAAGUGUAUCUGGCGAAUUCUUCCUUUUAAAAACGAAAAUAUCACACAAACUGUAUCUGUCUUAUGAACAAUAAAAGUACCCAAAGAAUGAACCAAUAAACUAUUCUGAAAUUA